AUGAACAGGAUCAAUAACCCAAUCAACCUGCCGAACGAGAUGUCUUUUAUUACGCUACCUUCGGUCCAAAGCUUCUCGACCGACGUGAGCGUCGUCAGUCCAUCUUGGCUGGUACCUGCUCCUCACGCUCCUUGGCCCUGCGUGGAGAUGCUUUGCGCCUACCUGACGCGCUUUGUGGUUCGUGGCAGUUACGAUGUGAAGAGCCAUUCGAAGUGGGUACUCUGUCCCAGGAGAUCGGGCCCGAGCGCUUACCUCCUCCUCAUGUGGAGGCUCAAGGCAAGCGCCCACGCGGAUACCGAGAUGUUCGUGAUGCAUCAAGUGAAGCCGUUUGUAAACAGCGGCAUGCCAGAGGCGGAUGCACAGGAUAUCUUCGACGGCAUGAGCCACAUCGCGGAGGAUGAAGAAGAAGCGGUGUCAGAUUUGAUUUCCGCACAGGAAGAAAAUUUGGAGACCCUGCGAAAGAUCAUGUGCGCAGUCCAGGAGACUCGUGCCACGCGCUCCUCAACAAGGUGGACGACCUCGGGGGGUCGAUCGCGUGAGAGCGUGCUCCGCGGCCCGCGCCCCCGCGGGGGGUGGAAGGAUCGAGAGGUUGGCAGCUCGUCCUCGGCGGCAGGCGGCGGAAGGGCGGCGGAACUGUAG